AAAUAAUAUUGUGCACUCAAGUUGAUAACAGUUCAUUACAAGUGUUGAAUUAUAAUUGACCUAAACGUUGUUACUUCGUUGUGAAAAAAUAUUAUUCAAAUGAUCUGAAAGAUUGAAACAAUGUUGAAACUGCUAUCUUGGCGUUCACUGAUGCUAUGGAUUUUCAGUGCAUUAAUUUGUUCUGUAAUAACUGCUCAAGUAAAAAAUGCAGAUCCUUCAGUUAAGGGUGGAUGGCAGCCGUUAUUAACGUACGAUAAUGUGGGCAAAGUUUCACUGCCUAGUAAUUAUCCUGCGUACGUUGUCCCUCAAUUUGAUUCAAAAAGGGCGAGCAGCUAUAAUUAUUUAAAGCCACACCGAAAAUCCAUAGACACAGUCCAUCAGUUGGACUACACACCACCAAGUAUUCUAGGCAGCUUCAGUGUCUUCGGGCACUCGAUGCCAAAGAAUCGUGAAGUGGAUAACAUCAAAAGUCAUUACGAGUCCUCAAAUUCCAAUGAAUAUGAUUUUUUGGUACCUCCACCUCGACAAAAAAUUGAAUCCUAUCAAAAAAUAAAAAUAAACGGAGAUGCCUACAGUGGGCCAUCCCAUUACCGAGACAUCUACACACCUCUGAAUACUCAGUUUACGUUUGUACCGACAGGAUCGGCGUCAUCGAUUGUUAAAAAGCUUCCUGGAGUAAUACCAUCAAGAGAUGAAUUGAGUCAUCAUUCAUUUCGUCAAUACCCAAGUGUUGGUGAAUCACACAAAAUUACCAAUCAAAAGCACUCCUGGAUGCAAAACGUUCGUGAUAAUAUCGAUCAACAUCAGGUAAACUCGUUCAGGCAAUAUCCACUUCAUACUGAUGGUGUUAUCGAUGGUGAUAAUCGAUUCUACACCCAAAUUGGUCAUCCACCAGUUGUUAAAUCGCUGUAUGAAAUUAAAAAUCCAGUCAAGCCCUUGGUUGAUAAUUACAAUGAUUACGUCACGCAUCAUCCGGGGAAUCCCUAUGCUCCGAAAAUCUCGUCAUCUCAGCGUAAUGAAUUUCAACCUUCAUUGAUUAUUCCAAAUAAUCGUCAUGUUGAGCCACACUGGAAUUUUGAUGAUAGUAAUUCAGAGAAUGGUUCCGUAGUUGAUGAUUACUAUAAUAGUCGUAAAAAAAAUACCACUAGCUGGUCACUUUCAACUUUGGACAAUAAAUUCUCGGAGUUAUUACCAAAUAUGAACAAGCCAGUUGAAUUUAAUAGGCCACAUAAAACAACGUCUACUCCCGAGAAUAGAUUGAAACCUCAAAUUUUGAGUGAUAAAAUUCAGCCGAAUGUUCUUAAAAUACGUCACGAAACACCGGAAAGUAUAUCAUUGAAACAUUUUAAUGAACAACAAUUUCUUUUGCAACAACAAUUACUAGAGCGUGAUAGACAGAAGCUGGAACAGAUUCAAAGUUACAAGAAUCCAAUCACCAGCACCAUUAAAUCAACAGGGAGAUAUAAAGAAAUAGAAUCAACUCCUGGAGAAUCGAUCUUUGAUGACGAAUUUCAAGUUUACGAGGCUGUGAAGAUAACGAAUGAAGAAAAAAAUUCACCAGACGGACGAUCGUCAACCCAACAAAAUAAUGAAUAUUACAGUACAAAGCAAGUACAUGAGGUUGCACCGACUAAACAAAGUUUUACGUCUGAUCCAGAUGGAAUUAUUUAUAAAUCAACUGAUGCUGAUGGUUUGAUUGAAAAAAAGAGAAAGGGGAAUCACAGAAUUAUAGUUCAUAAAGAUAAUACACAUGUUCACCCUGACAAAAUUGUUAAUAGUUUCACCGAAUUCGGAAUUACAUCAUCUCCGAAUUUGCAUUUUGAAACAAAACCUAGCUUUACAACUAUUUCAGAGGCAACAACAACAAGAGCCUACGAACCAUCAAUAACUCAGACUAAAGAAUCGACUAUUUCUUCUCAUGACAACGAGACCGAUCCAAUUUUUACAGAUGUAACAACAAAAAAAUCGACAACUGUCAGAACAAAAUCACAAAGUCGAGGUGCGACACGUCGUAGAAGACCGAUAUUGCAAUUCGAGUCUACAUCAUCGGUGGUAUCAGUUCAACCUACUUCGAGCAGUGUCAAGAAUACGCCUGAAGAUCUGAAUAAUUAUCAUUUCAUUGCUACACCAUCGUCCCAUUCAACAUCAAAAACAUUAAUAAAUACUAAUGAUUAUCAUGAUUAUAGAAGUGAAAGUAAACCUUCAACAUUCGAACGAGAGAACAAAGAGAAUUCAAUGAAUUCGGAAGAGCUGAUAACGGUUAUUACACUCGGUCAGGAUCAAGCAAGUGAGGGAGGUACAUUAAUUUCUAAAUCAUCAACUGCUGCAUAUCCUAACAGGACAUCGACUCCAUCUUCAAGUUCUAUAAUGAUGACCAAAUCUCCUGAAGGAAUCACAACACAGGUGGCAGAUAAAAUUCGCAGUACAACACGCGAUUAUUCUUCUUCAAUUUCUCCCCUGGAGCAUCUGUUCAAUUUUACAGAAAUAAAUAAAGACGACACGAGCACACGAAUGUCAGAAUUCACUCCGUCCAUGGGUAAAAACAUGAACACCAAUAUUCCAAAUAUACCCGAACCCGUUGAAAUAAGUACAAGACCGAAUUACAGACUCAGACCCAUGAAAAUGACAAAUAAUACUCGUCCAAGAUUCAGUAUAAAAGAUUACAAGAGUAGAUUGGAUUAUAGAAACCGAAUGAGUCAGGUAUCGACAACGGAGAGUAUUUCAAUAUCAACUCCAUCCAUGAAAACAAAAAGCACUGGCAAGUAUAAAUAUACGCCAAGAUAUUCAUAUACAAAAACAAAAUCCUCCACCCAAAGUUAUUUUCCCAAAAGUACAAAUGCCGUGGAGACAUUAGAAGGAAAGAGAAAUAAAAUUACUGGAUAUCGAUCAAUGAAUACAGGAAUUAAUCGCAACAAAGGUGCCAAUAAUACAACUGAGAUUAACAAUAAUGAGAAUAAUUCGUUGAUUAAUAUCUCUGAGAACGGGAAUAAGUCCAAUACCUCGUCGAUACGUCGAAGGCCUCAACUUAAAACAUCAUCGCAAUUUAAUCACCAGAUAAUUAAGAAGAAUCAGAACAGUACUGAUAGCAUUGUUCGUACCUCGAAAGAUUCAGCAGCACCAAUUGAUCCGAUGGAUACAAAAGGAGAUUUUCCUGAUGAAAAAGAAAUUGUGGUGAUGACAAACACGACAAUCAACAGAGGACAAAUAAAAUCCAAUGAUGCAGUGGAAAAUAUGACAAUAAAUUCAUCAGAUCAAGAAAGGGAUGAUGAGAAAAUUAUUGAUCAAGUGAUCGAGAAAUCCACUCAACAUGCAAGCAUUCAGAGUGAUGAAGAAGCUUUUGCGAGAGCUUCGUUGAGUGUCGCGGAUUUGACAAGUUCAGCUUCUGCUCUUUACAAUAAACCAGGAAUGUUCAAAGCAUUGUCGGUAAUGCCGGUAUUCGAGAGUAACAUUCAUAAAAAAGCACUGUCCCCAAUAAUAGAUGAACCUUCACUUCCCAUUGAAGCCUUUUUUCGAGAAUUGUCCCAUAAAGAGAAAUAGCAUGUAAAUAUUUCAUUUUUCAUGUAAUCGUGAGGAAUGAAUUAUUAGUUGAUAAUUCUACUCUACUAUUGUAAUUAUUCUUGGCAUUUUCUAAUUUAUUUUUUAUACUUUA